CGCAGCGCCGCCAGCCAGCCAGCCAGCGAGCCAGCGCCUGUGUGCCGGAGAGCCGCUUAGCGAUGGUCCUGCCCGCUUCUUCAUAAACAUACCUCGGGCACCAGCAAACCGAGCAGCACGAUGCCGCCCAGCAAGCAGGACUUUGCGGUGAAUAGAGGCGGUGGGAUGCGGAGCCCGAGCUUCCGACUGCGCUCCUCGAUGGGCUCGGGUUUCGGGAAGCGCGGCUCCGCCGUGCUGCCCUCCGUGCUGACGUUUGCGGUGAUCGUGGCGUCUGGAGGCCUGCUUCUCAUGAUCGAGAAGGGGAUGCUCAACGGCAUGGAUCCCCCUCCACCGCGGGCGAGCGGCCGGACUGCGGAUCACCGACCGCACGCCGGGCAGUACGACGCUGCAGGAGACACUGACGCUCAAAUCCUUCAGGAGAUUCGCAACCGUACCAUCCGGACGGUGUGCAGCCAGAAGAACAUGCCACGUAGCGUGUGGUCUCUCAGCCCCCUGCAGCGGCGCACGGUGCUGCAGCACAUCCUGGUGAAUGACGACUAUCGCUUCCUGUACUGCUACGUGCCCAAAGUGGCCUGUUCCAACUGGAAACGGGUACUGAAAGUGCUGAGUGGUGCCCUGGACAACGUAGACGUCAACAUCAAGAUGGACCACAAGAGUGACUUGGUGUUCCUGGCCGACAUGCAGCCCGAAGAGAUUCGCUACCGCCUCCAGCACUACUUCAAGUUCCUGUUCGUGCGAGAGCCCAUGGAGCGCCUCCUGUCGGCCUACAGGAACAAGUUCGGGGAGAUCGAGGCCUACCAGCGCAAGUAUGGCGUGGAAAUCGUGAGGCGUUACAGGAAGGGCGGGGGACGGACGACGGGGGACGACGUGACGUUUGCAGAGUUCGUACGGUACUUGGUGGACGAAGAUGUCGAGAGGAUGAACGAGCACUGGAUGCCCGUAUAUAAUCUCUGCCAGCCGUGCGCCGUGCCCUAUGACUUUGUGGGCUCGUAUGAGCGCCUACAGAGCGACGGCCACUAUGUGCUGCAGCGGGUGGGGGCCCCACCAAACGUCCACUUUCCUGAGCGCCAGAGCUGGUACCGGCCGAUCAGCGUAGAGACGCUGCAGUAUUACCUCUGCAGUCUCCCGCAAGCCCUCCUGAAGGAACUGCUUCCGAAGUACAUCCUGGACUUCUCCCUCUUCACCUACUCGCUGCCGAACACAACCAGCCAGGCCUGCAGACACUGAGCUGCGCAUCCACCCUCCCAACAGAAACACUAUGGCUUGCAGACAUCGGAUGCUCACCGUGGACUGGGAGAAACCUCGUGGUUUUAUAUAAAUACUGCACUAUUUUCAUAGGAAGUUACUUUUUUUUUUACUUUUUACACUUGCAUAUAUAUUUCGUGGAGAUUGAGUAGGAGUGAACAUUGACCACCACAGGAAAUCAGAGACAGAUGAAAUUCUAUGCAACAACAAAAGUAUUAAAGUAUGAAGUCUGAAUACUACAUACAUUUUAUAUCCUUAAAUUGUAAUAUUCUGGAGGACAACCCCACAAAAUAUUUUCUGCUACCGAAUCAAGUGACUGAUCGUGACAAAUCCUGAUGGGUAAUUAUGCAGUAACAUAUUAGGAGUGUAGUUUUACUCCAAUAUAUCGCAGCUGUGAUUUGGCUGUAGGCACAACCAAAUCGAACAUCAUUUAUAAGGUAAUAGUAAUAAGCCAUAAUCGAUUAUUUAUUUGAAGAGUUAUGGGCCAAACAAAUCGUUCCCACCAGCCAACUCUUGACUUUUGCCAAGAAACACAAACAUUCCAACGUAACAGCUCACUCUCUCCCAACUACUUUGCCUUAUUUAAAUUUAAAUACAACAGUUUUUAGAUACACCUGUAAAACUAAGUGAUACAUCUGAUGUGAAAUGUCCGAGUCCGGAUAUACUGAUAACAGCACUCAUAAAACGCUUCUUAUCCAAUCCGAUUUCUUGGUUAGAACAUACUGUUGUAUAAAACGCAAUAAUUCUGUAUUAAAUGUUCUGGGAGGCUGCUUCAGUUUCCCCAAGUAACGAAGCAUCA